GCGAGUUUGCUGGUUCAUCUUGCCUUACCCGUAAGUUGUGGGAGGGAUUAGUUAGCAGGUCAGGCGCUUCCGGGUCCUGUGACACAGUCUGGUUGUUGCAUUCAGUAGGAAGCUUGGAAGUAUCGUAAAAGUAGUGGUCUGGUGGUGCGAGCUUUCAUCUUUAGAAGUGUUAAGUUAUCUUUGCGUAGUUUAGCCUUCCACUGACUGAUCCAGUAUAGCGUGGUGGUGACGCUGGACUAGUUUCAGAGCAUGGCGGGCGGCGGGUCGGCGUUGGAGGGCAGGGAGUACUUGUUUAAAGUGUUGGUGAUCGGGGAGCUCGGGGUGGGCAAAACGAGCAUCAUAAAACGCUAUGUGCAUCAGCUGUUUUCUCAUCACUACAGAGCAACAAUUGGAGUUGACUUCGCCCUGAAAGUUAUCAACUGGGAUAGUAAUACGUUGGUCCGGUUACAGCUGUGGGAUAUCGCAGGGCAAGAACGAUUUGGCAACAUGACAAGAGUGUACUACAAGGAGGCAGUUGGUGCAUUUAUUGUCUUUGAUGUGACACGAUGUUCCACAUUUGAAGCUGUAUUAAAGUGGAAAAAUGACCUGGACAGUAAGGUGAAGCUUCCAGAUGGAAGCCCUGUUCCUGCAGUUCUUCUUGCUAACAAAUGUGAUCAGAAAGAUGGUACCAAGAACGAUGUUUCGAUGGAUGAUUUUUGCAAGGAAAAUGGUUUCGCUGGAUGGUUUGAAACAUCUGCAAAGGAAAAUCGAAACAUUGAAGAAGCAACCCGAUUCUUAGUGGAAAAUAUCUUGGCCAAUAAUAAAGGUCUCCCAAGUGAGGACGUUGACGUGACUAAAAUAAAGCUGGACCAACCACCAUUGACUGCGGACAGUCAAUCACAGUGCUGCUAGUGGAGGACUCUGCGUUUUCAUUUGUGAUCUCAGGCCAGCACCAGAGUUCAUGUGUUCACUGCACAAAGAUAUAGAACUGCUGCCACACAACUCCUCAUGAAAGCAGAUGGGUACAGGGAGAGGCUUGCGUACUUCGGUGCUGUUUCACAUUUGCCUUUUUAUUUAAAAGUUGUUUUGUAAAUCUUGUCUAAUUUCAUUCAUAUGAGGCUAUGAUUUCUCUGUUUAUUUAACAGCUGUUAUGUAAAUCGCGUCUUUUAUAUUAGACUAUGUGGUUAUGUACCCAGUCUGUGUCUUCCAAACAAAACACUAUUUAGACAGUAUUUACCAAGCAAGAGCAACUGGUCUAGGUAAAGUGUCUCAGUAAGACAAAUGGGCAUGCUCAUGGACCCAUCCAGAUUUACUGUUUUCUAAUUACAGGAACCAAAUGGCUAUACUGGAUUUUAUUACCCUGUUAACAGAUGUUCAUCUGUUGACUAGUGCUGUUACGGUCUGCAUAACAUUUGUAACAGAGCAUCAGCAUUCUGAUUGCCUUGUACUAGCAGUGAACAUAGAACAUACUGUAUUUCACACAAAAUAACUACAAAAUUCCACACAGGUGCCUGUGAGGAAUUCAGUAGUUAUUGACUUUCAGGAGACAAGACAGGUUAGUUGUCAUUCAGGCUCAUGACUGACUUUGCUUUUUGUGUCAUUGUUAGAAGUAGAAGUCACAUAUUUGUCUUCCGUAGCCAUUUAACAACUUGUUUUUUCUUUUAUCGAUGAAAAUAACGUUUUUUCUGUCAUGAUGUUGCCAGUCUGUACACCCUGUAGUCUUUUUUCAUUCUGUUUUUCAUUUGGUUGAUGGUAACCUUGUGCAUCUGUCAAUUUUCAGUUCAGCUUAUGAAGAACCUGCAGCAGAGGUAUUAUGUAAUGUAAACUCUGCAGAGCAUACAAACAAUUUUUGCAGAAGUAUUUAUCACAGAUACUGUCAACCUGAGUAUGAGCCACUUUAUGCUUCUGUGUCAUAUGUAAGUCACAUAUCCAUUUGUGAACAGCUUAGACACAGCCAAGCAUAACCUAGAAGAUUCUUGAGAGUGAGUAGUGUUGCAAUUUAGAAAUCCGGUUGUGCAGAUUUUUUGUCUUACAAAGUGGUUCAUGCUGCAUCAGAAUUCAAGUAUUUUAUUUUUGCAUUAGUCAUAAAGGCUGUUGUACAGUAUCGUUUAUGGUCUUGCUUUCUGUCACUAUUACUGCCAGAAAAUGUUUACUGUGUUACUGAAUGUAACAGAUGUAGUACCAUGUUUUUUUGUAAAUUACUUUUGCCGUGACUGCAUGACUUGCACUCAUAUGCAUGCAGCUUCCAAAUGAAGCAAGCAUUUCAUUACAAUGGAACCACUUGAGAAAAGCCAUUAUUUGGGAAAUUAUAUUCAUGUGCCUUGUAAGUACAAGAUACUUUGUCAGAGGUGUUCAUGUACAUUUAAACAGGGGCAUCAGGUGCCACUGUAUAAAGUGAAAUUUAUAAUGUGAGAGUGUACCAGCUGUUUGUUCAUCAGAGUCGUCUCUCUCUCACUCUCACUCUCUCUGUCUCCUUCCAUCACACUAGGCAUUUGCAAGUCAAGCACUUAUUUUGGUUUGAUCUGCUGCAUAGCUAUGGAGCAGGUCCAAGUCACAUUUACAGAGACCAAAUACAAGCAAGCACUCUGUUUUGAUAUAGAAGUUACUGCGAAGCUGUAGGCUAUUGGACAGAGUUUGGGGCACCUUCCCUCCGUCAUACAAUUCUUAAUUGUGGUGUUAUGAGAUUAAUUUAGGUUCGAACAGAGCAUGAGACUUUUACUAGGAUACUGGCCAUCCCUAAGAAGUUCAGCAGAGCUGUUUUCUUUCUUCUUUAUUAUGUUACUCCUACCAGUUGAAAUAGGACAGCGUUGUGAAAGGUCAUUGUAGGGGAAGGUAAAAGUAGGCAGCUCUGAGCAGUUACUGUGUGUGUGUGUCUGUGUGUGUCUGAUGAGCCAAUGCCUGAAUCUAGAGUUUCUUUUGUGUACUUUUUACUGUCUGUCAGGUCUUGCACAGUGACUUUCCCUCCUUCAUUGUUACUGCCUUAUAGAAGGAGCCACACACUGUUUUCAAAUGAUUUGUGUAUACAUCAUUUGAAUUGUAUUGAUUGUAGUAACCCACUAAGCCCACUUUAAAGUCAGAACUACCUUUUGCUUUAGUAUGCAGGUUGGUUCAUUAAAAGGCUAACAGCACAGAAACUUCCAAACAAGCCAUUAGUCAUUUUCUCCAGUGCAUCUGUGUUCUGCCAGAUGCUGUGUCGAGCUUCACUGCUGGCUUGGAAGUAGACUAGCUAUGUUAAGAGAGGAUGACAAAACAGCACAUUUAUUUUGGAGAAAAAUGCUGCCUUUAUCGCACAGACUUGAAUUGUUGCAGUUUUUUUUCCUUAUUGAAUGCAUUUGAUGUUUUGUUCCUGUUAUUCAUGUCUGUCAUCUCAGCAUUAAGGUCCCAUAGACUGCACUAUUCUCUUGUCUGCACAAGCAAUGAGAGAGGUGAUGCACCACUCCAAAAACCUGGGAUUGUCUUAAGUGUGUAUACCUGCAUACAUGCCCACGCAUGUUUACUAUUCACGACCCCAUUUGUAAAGCAGAGCACAACAUCCUUUUAUACCACUGAACUUGCUGAAAUGUCCUGAUGUUUUUUCCUUUCUAUUUCAUUCUCUGUUUCCUACCUCGUACAGCUCCUGCUCUUUUGUACUGUUACCAUAAAGAUAUUAAUUUUGUGGCUAUACACUGCUUCACCCAUUUCGUAGUAGAUGUCCCAUAUUGACUGUAGUUUGUGGUAACCUUCACUAUUAAAAUCUUGCCACUCCAAAGGUUGAGUGUACAUAUCACCUCAGCCUUUCCUCGAAAGUUGGCAUGACAAAUACCAACAUCGCCGAACAUAAUGCCGAAACUCCCUAAAGUGCCAGACCCGGGGACAAAUGCUAACAUGGGUCCAGAAGGGGGGCAAGUUUGAACAGUCAAUAGUACCAGUAUUCAACACAGUUGGACUUGACCUUUGGAGCAGCAAGUUUUUCAUAGUAAACCUGUGAUGGAAUGCAGUAUUGUUCACUUUUUAAAAAUAAUUUAUUUUUAUGCAAUUAAAUAUGCAGGGAGUUCAUAUUGUUUUAAAAACAAAAAACAUUGUAACCAUAGAGCGUUAAGUGGCAUGUUUUUUCUGAAUGACAGCUUGACUAAUUUUU